AUGCCACCAAGCGCCGCCGCCGCCGCCGCCGCCGCCGCCGCCGCCGCUAAUGCGACGUUCCUGGCGACGGUGUCCACCUCCUCCAGCAAGUCUGCGGACCGAGGGAGGCGGACCGGCCGGCGCGACGUUGACGGGCUGCCAGCGUCCGCAAGACGGCAAGUCGCUGGCCUAAUGCGCGCUAAGUGCUGCCCUGCCACUACACCGGCGGGGCGGCCAAGAGAGCGGCCAGUCGGCGACGCAUUAGCGCACCGCCACCCUCCCCCAACCACGCUGCCUCACAGGCCUUUCACGCAGAGUUCAUCCCGUCCACGGGAGGGAUCAUCAUCUGACCGCAUUUGUUCCUUGAAGACAAGAGGAGAUGAUGCUGUGGAACAGGCCGCCCUGGAGAGGCGUGAAGAACCUAUUUUGAUUUUCGUCGGGCCCUUCCCGCCACGCUACGGCCACGGCCGCCUCCGCCUUGCCUCCACCUCGGCGAAAUUUAAUAAAAAUGUCAACUCAAGUUGGGCGCAGGACAGCGCUCGCCCGGCGGUGGUGGGGGCGGGGGCGGCGGCGGGGGAGGCCAAGGUCCGGCAGGGGCUUAAAAUUAAAACGGCGGCGCCUCCUGGGGGCGCCACCGGCACCGGGGCAGCCGCUGCCCAGUUCGAUAUCGGUCGCCAAGAAAGGGCCCCUUCCGAGAAGGCCGCGCCGCCACCGUCCAGGUGGACUAAAGGACAUGAGGUGACAGCGCGCCGGCUGCGUCGCGCCGCUGAUGAGCGAUGGACGCCCCGCGCCGCGCUAACGACUGCGCUGUCACGGCGCCCCGGCCCGGCGCGACGCGCUUCGGCCAUCAGCCUGAGCCGCGGCGCUGCAGACCAGCGGCGUUACAAAUGGCGCGCGACUCUGGCCGCCAGGGGUGCCAAUUUAUUAGUGCGCCGCCACGCUUACCCCGGCCAGAGCGCAGCCGCCUCUGGCAGGCGUGUCGCUGCGCGCGAUCUGCUCGCAGCAGAACUGAUACCACACGCUUUUUCGGGCGUAGGUACAUCGGCUCUGCACUGGUACAUGCCCGCUGGUGUUUUAGCUCUACAGAAAUCACCAGUCACGCUUUCAAAUAUCGACAGCAUUCAAAGCAUGUGGAUGUACUACGACUGUGAGUGCGCAAAUAAUGACCAAGAUACAAUGAAGUGA